GUGGUUUCUCUGAAAGGGCCUAUCGACAGGCAUGGAAACGUCAGGCUAAAUUUAGCGACAAUGGCGCCUCUUGCGGCAGAAAUUGGAACCUCUGCGGAUCCAUACAACGCUGUAAUCAAGCUGGUAAACGAUUUUGUCGACGGAGUAAAUAACUCCAGGAAAUAUACAGUUGCGUUUCCUACUGUUAAUCGGUCGAUAAAAAAAGUCGGUAAUUUAUCUACCAGUUUCAGUUUUUCGUCACUACGUGUAAUAACACUAUUUUUAUAUUUAAAAGUUUGUCGAAUUUGUAGAGUUUUCUGAUAUCAUUAGUCCGCAUUCAUUUAGAGAUAUCCUAUGGAGUGAGGAGCAAAAACGAGUCAACAUUUUUUAAAACGAUAAACACAGAGGUUAACUUAUUCGAGUGAUUGAUACCCAAUUUCAAGGUUGCAACGAGCAGGUGCGACGAGUGUCUGCCGGCCGAAGUCCAUGGUGAAUUGCCAUGGAAACCCAUAGACAUAGAACACAGAAAGGGUCGGCGGAAUCAACAACCCCGACGUGCAAGAUUGAUCUGCGUGGUCGUAAUUGAAUCGUUAGCGUCCAUGAGCGACAGUAUUGUUGUCAAAACCGUAGAUAAAAAUGGUUCGACGAGGAGAAGGUUGACCUCGGCGGAGAGGGAGCUGUACCUGAAGCCGCUGCUGAAGUUGAAGCAACAGGAAGGGGUGAUCGAGAGAGGGCUGACCGCUGCGAUCGGGAACAUGAAGAUAGAGCCAGCUUUGUUGCAGGAUAUUGUCCACACUUACAGGGACUUAACGGUGAAAAGGGAGGAUUUUCUCAAAGGGCUGUACAAACGCAUGGCCGACAUUGCCAGCGAUUUGGAGCUCGCCAAGGACGUCACGAAGAACCCUAAAGAGAUCAAGAAGCUAGACGUAAACACGUACAGAUUAAAACUGUUCAAGCUUUCGCAAAAGAUCCAGGAUUUGACGGGAUCCUGUUCGGUUCAGGAGACGUUGGCGCAGGAGCAGACCGCGCUCGACAACGAGCUGCGGGAAUUCGUGCCGCAGCUGGAAAGAUGCGAAAAGCUGAGGAGAUACGCUCUGUCGUCGUCCCAUGGCAGACCGGAGGCCAGAACCGAGAAAAUGAAUCACAAGGACGUCGAGGAUUUCCACGCGUUGGUGGCCAAGACAGGGCACACGGAAAACUGGAGUCGGGAGGACCACUCGUUAUUCCUGAAAUCGCGGCAGAAAUGCGAGAACGUGCCCGCCUUGGUUGCUGCCAUUCAGAAGAAGUGCCCGGAUCUGUCCACGGAGGCCAUAGUGAACCAUGAAGCAUGGUACAAGCUGUACCAAAAUUUGCGAGAGAAGCAGAAAACAGCGGUGGAAGAAUGGCGGAGGAAGAAGGAGCUGGAGAAUAAGAAAUCCGUCGAAGAGACGGGCGCGAGUGUCGAGGAUCGUUUCGCGGAGGACGAUGUCCUGAAAGAGGACGGCAAAGAAGAUAGAAAGAUGGUGCGAAAGGCUACCAAGAUCGCGACGAGGUCGAGCAGCAGCGCGGAGUCGAAUAACAGCGAGAAGAAGGAACUGAUUCGAAAAUGGCGAACGGAGAAGGAGAACAAGAGCAAGAUGGACGAGGAACAAAUGAAGCUGCGCGUGAAAUUGAAGCGAGAGAUGGAGGAGAACGAGAGGAGAAGGAAGAAGGAGAGGAUCCAGGCUGCUCUGGAGGAGUACCGGAAGAAGAAGGCGCUGGAAAGCGCGUCUAGAGAGUCGAGCGCGAACUUCAAGGAGAAAUAUGAUUCUUCGUUGAUCAAGGCGUUCAGGGAGCAGGACAAAGAGUUCGCGAAGAGGAGGAAGGACCGGAUACUGCGCUCUCAGAGGCAGAACAAGAUGGAGCUGCCGACAACGAAGAUGUCCGACUUCCUCAAGGUCAGAGACUUCUCGACGUUGCUGAACAGCACGGCGGUCUGGCGAGAGAAGUGCAAGAUCGCGGAAAGAGGAUGCAACGAGCUGCAGUACAUCAAGGACGUCCCGAAAAUGUGCGUUCGAUGGCGGAACGAGGAGUCGGAUCUCGCGGGCUGAAGAAGAGAAAUUCCUCGCCGGAGUGUUCAUUAGGAACAGGUACAUAUACUACUCGAUCCGGCGACCGGGCGUCGUGGGUGGAGAUAAGCAGGAAUAAACGAGUCCGAUUGAUACAUACUUAAUUGUUUAUUUCUUUUUUUUUCUUUACGAACGUACCGGUUUCUUCAGACGAUGUACAUAAUAAGUUAUUGAGUAAAUGAGGCUGGGCCCUGUCCAGGUGCUGGCCGCGCGGGCCCCGAAAAUGGACCUCGAUACAUUUAGAUUUCCCCGACCCCAGUCUAAGCGGUAGAACAGAAAACAAAGAAGGAACAAAGUCCCGGUGUGUGUGUAUAAAGACGAUCGUUUGUUGCGUCCCGGCGGGCGUCGUGGACAACGCCAAGCCCCAGGAUCCAUUUACUCAAAUAUAUAUAAUAUACUUUCUAUGAA